GCGCGGCAGCGGCCGCCCAGGGCGCGGCGCGGCGGGCGCGGCGGCUGCCGGCGCGCCGGCCGGGGGCCGCGAUGCAACGGCGUGGAUGCCCUCGCGGGUGAGGCCACGGCUCCAGUCUGGUCUGCUGGCGGCGAGGGACUACGACCAGCUGUCCCGCGAGAGGAGCUUCCGCGUCGUCGCCGAGGGCGAGGGCUACAACCCAGAAAGGGUGCGGGAGAGGGCGCUCGAGCAGCCCCUGGCCGUCGCGGCGCGGGCCGCGAAGGUCGCCUGGAGCCUCGGCGCCUUCUACGCGGCGCUCGCGCUGGACGAGUGGCGGGGGGACACCGGGCCAGACGCCGUGCAGAGAAGGUCGCGCCAGCUGCGGGAGACGCUCCUGGACCUGGGGCCCUGCUACAUCAAGGUCGGCCAGGCCCUGGCGAACCGCCCCGACAUCGUGCGCGACGACUACAUGGUGGAGCUCGAGGAGCUGCAGGACAAGGUGCCGCCCUUCCCCUCCGGCCAAGCCAGGGCCAUCAUCCGGCAGGAGCUGGGCCGGGAUCUCGGCGAGGUCUUCUCCGAGCUCAGUGCCGAGCCCGUCGCUGCCGCGUCCCUGGGCCAGGUGUACCGCGGGAGGCUGCGCGGCACUGGCGAGGAGGUCGCCGUGAAGGUGCAGCGGCCGGGGCUCGAGGACGUGAUAGCUGUCGACAUGUACAUCUUCCGUCAGUUCGCCCAGCUGCUCAACGAUUGGGCGCGCCGGAGCCUGGGGUGCGACAUCACGCUGGUGGUGGACGAGUUCGGGGCUAAGCUGUGGGAGGAGGCCAACUACGCUGUGGAGGCGUCAAACGCGCAGAAUUUCGAGCGGAAUUUUGCCGGAGAUCCGAUGGUGAAGAUCCCAAAGAUUUUCACCGAGCAUAGUAGCGAACGGGUGAUCACGAUGGAGUGGAUAAGCGGGGUCAAGAGUACAGACCUUGGGGGCCUCAGGCGCGCGGGCAUCGACGUCGACGCAUUCAUCAGCAACGGCGUGCAGGCCGCGCUGCGGCAGCUGCUGGAGUUCGGCCUGUUCCACGGCGACCCGCAUGCUGGAAACAUCUUCGCGAUGCCAGACGGGAGGAUCGCUUACGUGGAUUUCGGGAACGUCGCAACGAUCAGCCAGAAGCAGCGGAUUGUCCUCCUGCAGGCCAUCACGCACGUUAGCAAUUCGGACUACGCCGGGAUCGCCAACGACUUUGUGCGGCUGGGCUUCCUGCGGCCUGGCGCGGACGUGUCGGGAAUUGUGCCAGCAAUGGCCGACAUAUGGAAGGAUUCCAUGGGCAAGAGCAUCAGGGAUUUCAACUUCCGGACUGUCACGGCGCGCUUCAACCAGCUGGUCUACCAGUUUCCCAUCCGCGUUCCAGAGCGCUUCUCGCUGGUGAUACGCGCCCUGCUUAUGCAGGAGGGCAUCUGCCUGUGCCUGAACCCAGACUUCAGCAUCAUCACCGUGGCGCUUCCCUACGCCUCCAAGCGGCUGCUCAGCGACCCAGACCCGUCCCUGCGGCGCGAGCUCAUGAACAUAGUGUUCAAAGAGGACGGCGCUGGCAGGCCCGUCUUCCAGUGGCAGCGCGUGAAGAGCUUGGUGGAGAUGGCUCGCCAGGCCCGGGACGGCGCGUCGAUAGAUUUCAACGACGUCAUCGUCGACUUCUUCCGCGGCUUCCGGCGCGACCUGAUGCAGCAGUCGAGCGACGGCCGGGCCGCGGAGGCCC